AUGAAUAAAUCAAUAAUAGCAUUAUUUUUAAUUAUCUCUUUGUGCACCCAAUCUAUUGUCAAUGCAUCAUAUGCAGUUGACGUUAAUAUGGAUGUAUCGGGCACUCUUACAUCAUCUGAUUUAAAGUGUUUGGCAUCUCUUAAUCAAAAGUUAAUUAUCCAAGGCUGGGAUGGUGGUCACGGAUUAAAUCAACAUUUGGCAUCUGCAUUUAAAUUGGCAGUUUCUUCAGGAUUUGCUUCUAGCCCAAUUGAUGUCUAUGCAUUCUUUUGUUCACAAUGCGGUGGUAAUAAUCCAAUUAGUUCUGCAGUCAAGCAAUUGGUUUCUUACUGUCAAUCAAAUGGUGUUAAUUUUGGUACACUUUGGAUUGAUGUCGAGCAAUGCACUGGAUGUUGGGGUAGUACCUCUGCAAACACUGCCUUUGUGACUCAAGCCGUCCAAACUGCCGCUUCUCUCGGUGUCAAUGUAGGUAUCUACACUUCUAGUGGAGAAUGGCCUCUUGUAGUUGGUUCACUUUCAUCACUCUCGCAAUAUCCAUUGUGGUACGCUCAUUAUGAUGGCAAUCCUUCUUUUAGUGAUCCAAAGUUCUUCCAAUUUGCCGGAUGGAAGACUCCAGCCAUGAAGCAAUAUGACGAAAACAAAUCACAAUGUGGUGUUUAUGUUGAUAUGAACUAUUUCACUGGUUCUUCAACUAGUACUUCUUCUUCAUCAUCAACUACUACAUCGAGCGAUAGUACAUCUGGUGCAAUUACCUCUGGUGCAAGUACCUCGGGUGCCAGUACCUCGGGUGCCAGUACCUCUGGUACCUCUGGUACUAGUGGAAAUAGUGAUAGUACAUCUGGUGCAAUUACCUCUGGUGCAAGUACCUCCGGUGCCAGUACCUCCGGUACCUCUAGCACCUCUGGCACUAGUGGAAGCACAUCAGGUGGAGGUAGUAGUAGUACCUCUGGUUCGAGUGGAAGUACCUCUGGUACCUCUAGUACCUCUGGUUCAAGCGGAAGUACCUCUGGUACCUCUUCUACCUCUGGAUCUAGUGGAAGUACCUCUGGUAAUAGCGGAAGUACCUCUGCUACCUCUUCUACAUCUGGAAGCAGCGGACAAGUAUAA